AGCCUUGCUCAGAGGUGUCUCCUCAAUCGGUCGCCGCGUGGAUUUCGUUUUACGCUAUCGUGCAAAACAGUCCUUAACGCGUGGUUUAUGGUUUGAAUUGCAAAGUUGCAACUGAUCUUCAUUCAUAAUGCCGGACGUUGAUACAUCGAAGACAUCCGUGUUGAAAGAAAUCGAAAGAAAUGAAGCAACAAUUCAAGACUACAUGUUUCAGUUGGAAACCCUCGAGACAACGCUGCGACGAACACAGAUGACGGAUGAGGAGAGGCUCAAAGUAGAGGAUGAUGUGAAAACUGUGAAGAAUCAGCUUGCUAAUUUAGAAAAACAACUUGGUCACCUUCGGAAAGAAAACAGGAAGAGCAUGGCCAUUGCUGCAUGUCUGUUUGUGCUCUUUCUAAUGCUCUACUACUUCCUCAUGGUCAGGACUAUAACAGGAUGAUAGUAUAGCAUAAAUGACAAAGGCCGCUCAGUUCCCAUUGCAUCAUUACUGUUCUACAUUGCAUCGCAUUUAUAAAGAAAAUGUCUCGACAUGA